CAAGACUUUUGAAGAAAAGGACUUUGAAAUCAAAACCUAACAACUUACCAGAAAAUUCAGUCGUUACAAUUCUUCUGAUCAUCAGUUUUUUUGACUAUAAAAUGCUUUCUUUUUCUAACUUAAACAAGGGACACGUUUUACAAAACCUCUUGGAAUUCAACAUAAGUACCGGCUGUGAAGGUUGAGAGUGUUGUCCAAGCGUUCUUCACUGUUUUUUUAUUUUUAUUUUUAAUCUUUUCCCUUUGUUUCUUUCUCACAUCAAUUAGACAACAUGGGGGAAGUCCUGUCUGAGGAACAGAUUGCUGAGUUCCAAGAAGCCUUCUGUCUCUUUGACAAAGAUGGUGAUGGUAUGGUUUCUUCUCUAUCUUCCCCAUGUUUUGGAAAUAGAAACUUGAACCAAUUAGACCAUGAAAAUAGCACCCUUAUGUUAAUUUUGUUUAAUUAUGGACUGAUCAUUGUUGAUCAAUUUAUAGGCUGCAUAACCAUGGAAGAACUAGCUAUCGCGAUCAAGUCACUGGAUCAGGAUCCAACAGAAGAAGAGCUGCAAAACAUGAUCAAUGAAGUUGAUACUGAUGGUAAUGGAACUAUCGAAUUCGGGGAAUUCUUGAAUCUCAUGGCAAGAAAAAUGAAGGAAGCAGAAGCUGAAGAGGAACUAAAAGAAGCUUUCAGGGUGUUUGACAAGGACCAAGAUGGCUACAUAUCACCUAAUGAGUUGAGGCAAGUGAUGAUCAACAUAGGAGAGAAACUGACAGAUGAAGAGUUGGAGCAGAUGAUUAGGGAGGCUGAUAUGGAUGGAGAUGGUCAAGUUAACUAUGAGGAAUUCGUGAGGAUGAUGUUGGCUGCUUGAUCAAGUUUUACUUCUCCUGCAAAUAACCUCAAUAUGUUGCAAUGAAUCUAUAUAUGGAAUUUGAUAGUUUUCAGUGAUAUUCCAUAAUUUAUGAGAAGUAACCAUUAGGAAAGAUGCAAAAUUCAUAUUUUCUUCUUAUAAUCAUAUGAAUUUAGUUCUAAAACACAUCAAAUUAUUUGAAUGAAGAAGGAUGUGCUUAACGAUUUUUGAAUCUUUGGAUCAUGGCUUCUAAACAAUUCAACCAGACAAAUU